AUGACUAUUCCCGUCCUUGAUGCAUCUGCCCUCUCUGGAGGAACUGUUGAGGAGCGAGCUGAAUUCGCCGCUAAGCUGCUCGACAGCUUGAACACAUAUGGCUUUGCGAAACUCGUGAACCACACGGUUCCAGUCCCGCUGGUGAAGGAGACAUUUGAUCAGAUCAAACGUUUCUUCAAACUUCCUUACUCCGUCAAAAUCCCUCUGCGGAACAAUCCCAAAAACGGACAGCAACGAGGAUGGAGCGUCCCCGGGGAGGAAAAGACUUGGUGGCUUGAAAGCAACACUGGCGACGUAAAGGAGCCGAAUUUUGGUGACAACAAGGAGAGCUUCGACUGCGGGCACCCCAAUGACAACCAAUUCCCCAACGUGUGGCCCCCUGAGUCCGAUCUUCCCGGCUAUCAAGACACCAUGGACCGCUUCUUCUUCUCCUGCGGAGACCUCACCCUCGUUCUCCUUGAAGCCAUGGCCACAGCUCUAAACCUAGACCCCAAGGUGUUCACAUCGAGGUGCACCAAUGAAGCCAGCACAAUUCGCAUCAAUCACUUCCCUCCCAUCGAGCGUGCAACUCUCGAUGAGGGUAAAAUCAGCCGCAUCUGGCCGCACAAGGACUUCGGUAUCAUCUCCUUGGUCUUUCCGGACGUUACACCGGGUCUGGAGUAUGAAGAUCGGAGUAACCCUGGUACUUUCAUUCCUAUGCCUUACGGAUCGGAUGACGAGGUUGUUGUCAUCGUGUCAGAGACUAUGCAGCGAUGGACUAAUGGUGAGAUUGGAGGCGGUCUCCACCGUGUCACCCGUCCUCGCGACUGUGAGGGGGAGACCGUUCCGGAGCGUUGGAGUUUGGUUUACUUCAACAAGGCGGACCGCGGGGUGAACGUGGGUCCUCUUCCGGAAUUCUUGAAAGAUAAGAAGCCCAUUUACGAAGAUUUGACGGCGCUCGAGUACCAGACUUUGCGGAAUGCCGCGCAUUACCCUGGUUAG